GGCGGGCUGACCCGGGCAGCUGUAACCUUGUCUUGCCCAGGAGCAUUGUUAUAUCCUUCUCUAGUUGUUAGUACCCCAGACACCAUUCCAGGAGGUGCUCCCAGUUCGAACCACUAGUUAAAAGAAGAAGCUAAUCAUGGCCAAGAAGAAGGGAUUUAUGACCCCCGAGCGUAAGAAGAAGCUCCGUACCCUACUUCGUAAGAAAGCAGCUGAGGAGCUGAAGAAGGAGCAGGAGAGGAAGGCCGAAGAGCGUCUUCGCGUCAUUGCCGAGCGCUGCGGCUCCAAGGCUCAGUUUGAGGAAUCCUCUAUGGACGAUCUCAAGAAGAUCUGCCAACAGUACUUUGACAAGUGGUACGGGCUCGAGGGGGAGAUGUUCUUCCUUCAGCGCGAAGUGAUUCUUCGUGAUCUUCAGAUCAACGAGCUCACCAUCUCCGUCUCUGACAUGAAGGGAAAGUUCAUCAAACCCACCUUGAAGAAGGUCAGCAAGUACGAGAACAAGUUUGCAAAGCUCCAGGAGAAGGCCGCCAAAUUUGCCUUCGCUAAUCAGCUCAAGCAGUCCAAGGGCUAAACCUAAACCCUUUUCUCUGCAAUGAUUUUAUUGUCAGGAGGGGGCGGUAUCCCCCCCCCCUCAUUGCCAGGGGUUCUGGACACGUGAUCUUUCUCCAGGAUAUCCCCUUGGUAGCCUGACUAUCCCCUAACCAGGAGGCCGGUAGAACCGGAGAAACCCCGGUUUUAUCGUUUCUUCUCUUUACUUGUAUUUUGGCCAGUACGCUAUGUUUGUACAUAUGUAUUAUAUAAAGUAUGUAAACCUCUAUUUCUGUAUUGUUACUUUUUAACCCUGAUAAUUUGACCUUUAUGCUCAAUCUAAUUUUUCAGGAUUUGAUGGUGUCUAUAAAGAUAAUAAAAUAAAGGUGUGUUUAUGUUGGGAA